AUGUCUGACAGCAUAGUAACAACAACUGAUCAAGAUACUUCUACGCCGAGGCGGUCAGUUGCCAGAAGGGCUUGUUUAUCGUGUCGAGAAAAGAAAAUUAAGUGUGAUGGUGAAGAUAUUAGUCGAAUGAAAAAUGAAAAUGACAGCGAUAAAAAUAUGCAACAUAACCCAAAUGUUUGUACAAAUUGUAAGUUUUUAGGGAUUGAAUGCGUUUUUGUACGAAGCAUGAGAGGAGGCAGACGAAAGAGAAAAGUCAAUUCUGAGCAAGACAAUGCUAAAAAUAUAAAGACCGAGACAAACAACGAAAAUACUACGGCCAGUACCAUAAAGAGCUCACAUACUGGGUCAACGUACUCAGAACAUGACUCACCAUCACUUUCAGAUAUCAGGUCCAAAGACGGACCUCCUUCACCAUCGUCGUUUUACUCUAUGCCGCUUGGAGAGCCAGGUGUUAGGCCAGACAAGCCAAGAAGAGAGUAUGUUGGAGAUGGUUACGGCCAGCAUUAUGCCUAUGAUUACAGACACUAUCCGCCAGCGCCACCUCAUCAUUUUUAUCCGGCACCACCACCAGGACCUCACAUGAUGGGUUACCCACAACCACCACCACCGGGUGCUCCACCUUUCUUCCAUCAUUUAGGGCCACCACCUCCAGGGCCACCGCCGGGACCUCUACACCAUACUCAUUAUAGCAAACCUUAUUGGAAUGAUCACUCGACAAUUACUGCUCCUAUGAUGGGCCAUUCACACCCUCAUCCACAUCCACAUUCACAUUCACAUCCACAUAGACAUCCGCAUAGACAUUCAAAUAAGCAUCAUAAGAAACAUCAUCACUGGCACGAAUAUUCAACACCCCCUCAUAUGAUGGGCCACCCACGUCCACCGUGCAAGAAACGACACUGGAGUGAUUACUCGACACCAUCUCAACUGAUGGGGCAACAUUAUCCACGAUCUCCAUCACAUCAUGAACACGAUGGAAAUAAGAUGAAACCCGAGUCUUCUAUAGGCUCUAGUUCGCCAAUAACUACAGGUUCAUCUGGUCUUUCGAAACCAGACUCGGAUUCAUCAUCAAGAUCAGUAUUUUCAAAUAGUGGACCACUUUAUCAAUGUGCGUCCAAAGAGGAAUCUGAAAGCCGUCACCCUCCAUUCAUUAUCCCUCGUCUAGAAGGAGCACUGGCUUCGGGAUAUUCACUGUCAUAUAAUUCUAAUGAUACCAAGAAUGACACCAGCUUAUCAGUUGUAUCAAGAAGUACCUACGGGGCGUCCGAAAAAAUAUAUUCGCCCCAUCAAAGAAGCAUACAUGGUGAUGAAGAAGAUUAUGAAGAACCAUUUUCAAGUUAUGAGUUAAUGAAAUAUGAGUUACCAAAUUGGUCCUCCUUAAACAAAUUGCUUGAUGAUUAUUAUAAAUAUAAUCAUUCCAAACAUCAAUUGCUAUCCGGCAAGCAUGAAUUGAUCAAGAGGAUAUCAUUAAAUUCAGAUAGCUCGAUUCUACAUGCAAUAAUUUCAACUGUUUGUCUAUUUGAUGACAGAUUUGAAUGUGAAACAUAUUGGGUUGAAAGAGUCUUCAAGUAUUGGGAUAACUUAAAUGAUUUUGGGAUGUUAUUAUCAUACAGCUUAAUAUCUAGGAAUUCUCUAGUGCAAUCUGAUUUUAAUAGGCUAAACGACUUGAAUUCCAAGAUAUGGGACCUUAUAAGAACCAAUAAAUUCAUAGACAUAGUCAAUGAACCGAAAGAAAAUCUUAAUUCAAGGCAAAGAUACGAAAAAGAAAGAUUAAUAAGAAUAAUAUGGAACUAUUGGAUUAACCACGUUGUUCUUGUUCAAUUCAAACAAGGGUUCCCACGUUAUCACUUAUCCAAAGAACAAGAAAAUGUCAAAUUGAAUGAUGAAGUACAUAAAUACAUGUCUAAUUUAGCAUUACCAUUAAGUGAUGAAGAAAAUCUAGGAAUGCAAGGUAAAAGACAUUACUGCGAGGAAUUGAACACUAUUGAUUUGUCUAAGGAUGAUUUAGCGGACUCACAUUCUGUAAUAUUAGCAACUAGGAGAUUAGAAACUACAAUUAAGAGAAUAAGUCUGAAUGAAUUAAAAGAGGAAUCAGGAUUCAGCAACGAAUUGAAUAAUUAUAUUAAUGAUAAGGUUUUAACAAUAAAUCAAAAUAAUACGGUGUUAAUUAUUAACUCAUCAUAUCUAUUGGCGAGCUUUAUAACAAAAACUAACGAUUGUUUACAUAGUUCGUUUUUCAUCAGUGAUAUAAUAUUUUCUGGGAUAUCUAACCAUCAUCCUGAAGCUAAUAGGUUCAUUCCGUUGGCAGAUGACUUUUCAGUAAGAAACAUAUUCAAUUUUGAUGGUUUAUCUAAGAUGAUUGAAGACUGGUCAACAUUUCAAUGGAAUUGUUUGACUAAUCUUAUUAUUUCAAUAUCAGAUAUAUUGAAAUUGAUUGAAAUUGGUGAUGGUGUUUUACCAAACGAGGACUCUAAAUAUUUGGUUAUUAUAGGAGUUACCGCGACCGGUAGAACUGAUAGUCGCCCCUGGUGGGAUAAUUCUGAGUUGGCAACUGAUCUGAAUGACUCGUGGUACAAAUAUCCAGAGUUUGCUCUUUAUUCAGCGUGUUCGUUAGUUUCCAUGCUCGUCAGCUUAAUAAUAUUAACAAAAUUUGUUAAAUUCAAGAAAGACGACUCGAAAUUAAAGAUUGAAUUAGUAAACACUAAUGGCGAACGCCAAUUAAACCUUCCUACCAACCAUCAAUUUGUUGAUGAAUUUAAUGACCAUAAAAUGUUGGAAAAAUUAUCAGGCUUAAUUAGUUUUAUCAAGUUUAAAUUGCAAUCAAAUAAUUAUAAAACAGAGCUAAUUAAUGAAACGAUGGAAAAGUUUCAUCAAAUAAAUCUCUACAUAGAGGAAACUUUAGGUGCAAUUUCGACCAAGUAA